CGCCCUCUUGCUGUCCGCCACGGCCUCGUCCGCCCGCGAGUAUGGGAAGCUCCCGUAUACCAGGGCGUGCUUCUGGAGCACCUCGUCUUCGGCGUGGAAGUAGAAGAAGGGUGCCUCCUCCUUGGCCUUCUUCUUCUUGCGCUCCGUCUCGAUCUCCAGGUUCGACUCCACCUCGGUGUAGGUCUUGGAUAUGAUGAGAUAGUGGGAGAACUCGUACGGCUCCUUGUCCUCCACCGCCGCCUCGAUCUCGUCCACCAGCAGCCUGUACAUGGGCGGCACGAUCUCGGAGGGCAUGUUGAUCAGGCGGUCCGCCAGGAUGAGCCCGACGUGCUUGCCGGAGCUGAGGAGGCCGGGCACCGCCGCGGCCAGGGCCUUGUUGCCGCCGGCCUGCGCCUUCUCGGAGACGUACUUGACGAGCGCCGCCACGGGCGGCUUUUCCCUGUGCUCGUGCAGGUUGACCGCCGUCAGGAAGGCGUACGCGUCCGUCUCCUUGCCGUCGACCUUGACGGUCGAGCCGAUGGUGCGCUGGGCCAGGAUGAGGUCGGCUAGCGCCGAGAAGUCGAACAGCUGCGAGUCGACGUCGAAGAGCUGGCGCAGCAGCGCCUUGACGCCGUGGAAGUCGAUUUCGGGGUCGAAGUUGAACCACUCGAAGUCGACGUUUACGACAUCGAAAUCCUAUGCGACGCGGGGUUUCCAGCGUUAGCGAUCCACGGGCCCCCAGGGGUCAUCAUGCGAUUCCCCCUUUUUUUUUUCGAGUUUGCGCGCCGCGUAUUUACAUCGUCGUCUUCGCUAUCCCCGUCCAUUUGGUCGGGAUUGCACUUUUCGACCGGCUGGCCGUCGGCUUCUCUUGCGCGCUUCUUCGCCAUUGUGUCUGUGAACCUGAGAAGUCGGAGGGUUGUCUCUAGGUAUCGGCCAGAACGUGUUCGGACUACCAACUCUUGACGCGCAAGAGAGGCCAAACUUUUUUUUCCUCGGCGCAAACUGCAAGCUCCAGAAAUGCCCCUCAACGCCAAUGAAAUCUGCGCGACACCGUUCCACAGCUAGCGCCCCGCCCCGCCCCAUCCCCUCGGUAGCGAUCCCGACUGACGCACAGCUUUUAAAGCCGGUCCGUUCAGCGUCAUCAGCAGCGGAGGGAUGUGUGAAUCACGGGUUACUCAGCCAUGAUUCCGUGAUCAUUAAACAGUGCUUUCGUUUACUAGGAAGCACAGUCUGCCGUUGGCAUCAAGCAAGUGUAACUGCCGUCUGUUUGGGCAAGUCGUCCUACGUCGAACGAACUUGGGGAUACGUGACCCCCAGAUCGUGUCGCGAUAUUAUUGUUUCCCCUUUUUCUAACUGCAAUCCGUGAAGUGGUCAUAAUACUAGCGAACAGGUGUAUAUGGUAUGCAGAUGAGGGAAGACGACUGGACGUGAUAUUGAACCACCUGGAGUCCUGACUCGAACAGCCAGGGCGAACCUCAAUGUCGAUGUCAAUAAAUUAACUCUUGAAGUGUCCAGAAACGAUGCCUAUGUGCGAAGGUUGGAAGCCGGAGCUGAGAAAUCCAGAGUCAAGACUAAUCAACCCAUCGAGGUGGUUCGAGAUGAAUCUAGCGAUGAGUGGGGGAUCUAGGGGUCGUUUGUGCUAAUAUUAGCUGCGACGCUAAGUUCCAGGCGCCACAGUGACGCAUCAGCCUUAGAUGUGGAUGCACCCUUGGAGACUGGUGAGCCGAGACGCCGAGACCGCGCGGAGGAGACCACGACAUCCAAAUGGCUGCCUGAGUCCUGCGCAACAACCUUCUACCUUCAACAAGGCUCCCGAAACGCCUCCCACGAGACACGAAGACGAACAGCCUAGUUGCCGCCACCCGAAAGAGCACGCGUUGCAUUCUCCUAAAAACAAACACAACGCCCCCUCUUAUAAAACCUCCCAUCGCGCCCGCCCUUGGCCGGGAAACGUCGCCAAGAUGGCCAGCUCAUCACAGUCCAACACACCCGCCUCGAGUGAAGACACCUCGUACGUCGAAAUGGCCCGCAACAGCAAAGGCGGCGGCGGCGGCGGCUCCAUGGCCGACGUCGAACUCAUCGGCCACCACUGCGAGGCCGAGUACUGCAACCAGCUCGACUUCCUCCCCUUCCUCUGCCAGUCGUGCCGCAAGACCUUCUGCCUCGACCACCGCACCGAGACGGCGCACAAGUGCGCGCAAGAGGGCGCGUGGGCCGAGCGGAGACGCCAGGCCUCGCUCGCGCGCCCGUCGGCGGGCGAGGGCCGCAUGCUGCGCGACAGCGUGACGCAGAAGCCGUGCGCCUCGCCCGCGUGCAAGACGGUGGUGGGGACGGGCCUGGUCCCGGGGGUGCACUGCGCCAACUGCAACCGCGACUACUGCCUCAAGCACCGGCUCAAGGAGGACCACAACUGCAAGAACCUGGUGCCGCUCGGCGCCCGCCCGGCCCAGGUGCAGCUCGACGCGGCCGCGUCCAAGGCCAGGUCGGCCCUCAGCCGCCUCCGCGCCUGGGGCGCCGCCAAGAAGGAGCAGGCCGGGCGCGCGCUGCCCAAGCCCAAGCCGUCGAGCGCCGCCCAGCGCGCCGCCGCUGUCAGCAACCUCAAGAAGACGGCAAGGGGCGACGACAAGCUGGCGCCCGAGAAGCGCGUGUACCUCUUCGUCGAGGCCGAGGCCGAGACCACGGUCGCCAAGCUGUCAAAGGGCCAGUUCUUCUACAACAAGGACUGGGUCGUCGGCCGCGUCCUCGACGCCGCCGCCAAGAGCCUGCAGGUCGAGAACAUCAACAACAGCUCCUCGGCCGAGGAGGACAAGCUGCGCGUCUUCCAUGUCGAGGGCGGCCGCAUCCUCGAGUUCAACGAGAAGAUUGGCCAGUCGCUUGUCAGCGGCAAUACCAUCGUCCUCCUCCGAGGGGUCGGCCCGCCGCCAAGCCUGAUAGAGAUGUAAUUGCCUAUCUCGACCUCGUCAUUUCUCCUUUGUAUUUUCCAUGCAUCAUCUUUUUUUGUACAUCCAAAUACCAUCUACACACGUCCACUCUGCCCCUUGUUUUUGAGUAUGAUACAGUGUAUAUGGAGGGCAUAGCCAUUGCAUCUAUGGGAGUUUUGGCUUGAAUCGAAUUACAAUACCAUUGCAUGUUUGAGCGUGCGAAUCGCGAUUAAACAGCCGAGUUACCCUAGGGAAGACAAUGCAUGCAUGGUUGGGGGAGCGGUCCUAAACGUGAUAGAAACGGCCAAGACACAGGCGGAGAGAUGAAAUUGUUCAUAGAGUUGUGGGUAUCAUACAUACAUACAUGGCUCUCGCCAUCCUACCGUUUCCUACGUGCAUCGACACCCUUUUAGAGCUCCUUCUCCUUGGGAGGUUUGUUGAGUUGACUUUCCCUGCCGGUCGCGGGAGCAUCUCCAACGCUCCUAUAGUACAUACUAUGUGUCAGCAUACAAUCACAGCAGAGCACGAAUUGCAUA